GGUGAGGGCGUUGCCAUCUUUUUCAAGAAGGAUCGCUUUAAGAUCGUAGAUAAGCUCACGGUUGACUCCCUCAUUAACGAAGCAGAGGUAAGGUAUGAAGAUCUGGCUUCUCAGAUCGAAAAUCUCGCUUCCAGCGGCGACCUUGAUCCUGGUCACAUGUACCGCUGCAGGUCACAAGGUCUUCUGGCAUGUGUGCUUGAAACGCUCACGAGCUCAAGACCUCACCGGUUUGUCCUGGCUUGCACUCACCUUUACUUCCAUCCGGCUGCGUGCAAACUCCGCUGUGUGCAGAGUACUUUUAUCAGGCGGCGUCUCGCGGAGUUCGCAGCCGAAAAUUCGACAAAAUCUGACUCUUCCGGCAAAAUGUAA